UUGAUUCCAAGGGAUGUCGAGGCAUAGAAUCUUUCUGUAAUUAUUUCUCGUUGACAAGUUUUUAACUCGAAUUAUUUGCUUUGAGCUGCAAAAGACACACGAGCCCACUUAAAUUACAAGUCACUCGUUGGAGAAUAUGCUGUACAUAUUAUGUUUAAGGCUGGCCUUGAGCAAAACCCUUGUGGGGAAGAAUCGUUAUGACGGAUAGGCCGUGACGUUACUUCAAGAAAAGAUCGUAUAUAUGUCCAACAAUGACUGGAGCAUUCUGCCCAUCCGCACCGAGAAACAUGAGAGUACUUUCAUUCUCUUGGCAAGCCUUUAUCUUCCCUCGUUGUCUUGGUCAAUUCGCUCUGGGCCGUAUUAUCGGCGUAGCGCUGAUAGAUUGGAAUAUAUUUAUCUCUCACUCGUGGUACUCACAACACCCUCCAUUUUCUCUACAGCACUCAACCACUUGUUCCAUCUAUCAACCCAUUUAUCACCGUCUGGAAGCUUCAACCCUCCUUUAAAAUGAUCAAACACUCGGGUUCGUACAGCCCACGGAGCAAUAACCAAGUCAAUCAAACUGACUUCUGAGCCAAGUGCGGUCCUGUUGCGUCCAUUUCUUGCGUGAACUGUGCAAGCUGGUGAUGGAAAUCAGACCGGACUUUCUCAAGAUCAGGAUCGGAGGCUGAUUUAGGUUGGUAUUGCAGAAAGCGGUGGAAAGAAGGGAUGAUGCGUGAAGUCGCGGAAUCGAUCCAGAUCCUCACUCGUGCCUUUUCGUAUGGAUCUAGAGGGAAGAGUUUGGGCGUUGAGGAGGGGUAAGCAUCUUCAAGGAAUUCGCAAGAUAACGGUGCUUUCGUAGAGAGGCUUGUUGUCGUAUUCGAGUGUUGGAAUCAGAUCUCGGGGAUUGAGGGAAAGGGGGAUUCAGGCUUGUGGUUAGGGUUUACUUCGAUAUACUGGAAUGGGAUUGUCUUCUCGAGGAACACGAGGAGCCCGCGUUGGACGAAGGGGCAGAA